AUGGAAUUGGAACCCCCAGAAGAUCACCACCACCACCCCGAAACCCUCCCACCCUCCUCCACGCCCACCUGCUGCAAAUGCGGCGGCCCCACCGCCAUGGCCGCCCCACCUCCGUCGUGCUCCCCUCCCCCAAUCUACCGCCCCAUCCGGGCCCCCGCCAUCAACCUCCCCCCAAGCAACAACUCCAUCAUCCUCGCCCCGGUCCCACAAGCCAAGAUGGUCCCACCCAUCUCUCCCCCCUUCCACUUCCAACCCCCCUCCAAACGAAUCCAAACCCCCGACGACCUCCGCUGCUUCCACGACUCCGAUUCCGGCAAGCACUUCCUCGGCUUCGUCGUCGCCCUCUCCCAAUCCAUCCGCUCCAACAAGAUCUCCGAUCCCUGCCACGAGUCCCCCGUCACUGCAUCCAUCGUCUCCAUCCUCGAAACCCUAAUCCAAUGGGUCCACGAAAUCCCGCCGACUCAGCAAGCCGCCCGAUACGGCAACGUUUCGUACCGCGUCUGGCACGACCGGUUGGUCCAAAAUAGCCCUGACCUAAUGCUCAAAUUCCUCCCUCCCCAUCUCCAACCUUCCACCGUCGAGAUCGUCCCCUAUUUCACCGACUCCUUCGGAAACCCUAGCCGGAUCGACUACGGCACAGGCCACGAGACCAAUUUCGCGGCGUGGCUCUACUGCCUGGCCAGAAUGGAGGUCAUAAAAGAAGAGGACUACCCUGCCGUGGUGGCCAGAGUGUUCGUUAAGUACCUGGAGCUGAUGAGGAAGCUUCAGCUGGUCUAUUGUUUAGAGCCUGCGGGGUCUCACGGUGUUUGGGGUCUGGACGACUAUCAUUUCCUGCCGUUUAUUUUCGGCUCGUCGCAGUUGAUUGAUCACAAGCACAUGAAGCCUAAGUCGAUUCAUAAUGAUAAUAUAUUGGAGAAUUUUUCCAACGAGUAUAUGUAUCUUUCGGGGGUGGCUUUUGUGAAGAAGGUGAAGAAGGGGCCAUUCUCGGAGCACUCGCCACUCUUGGAUGACAUCAGUGGAGUGCCGAAUUGGAAUAAAGUUAAUAGUGGGAUGCUGAAGAUGUAUAAGGUUGAGGUGUUGGAGAAGGUGCCUAUUAUGCAGCAUUUCCUAUUUGGCUGGCUCAUCAAGUGGUAUGAUCCUUUUACUUAUCUACAUUGCUCUAUUUAA